AUGGCCGAUUCUGCUCCUGGCAACUAUCCUUCUGAUGAAGUCAACCAGACCGAUUCCGACCUGGAUGACGGAGACACAGUUUUGUCCCGCGGCUGGCCUCGCAGUAUCCGGGGGCUGGAAAAGCACGGCUUUCAGCCUGUAUGGUCCGCUGUGGAGGGAUAUCCCCACAAGGACAUCCCUGAAGAGAUUGCAGAGCUCCUGGACGAGGACGGUUCUUGUCGGUCUUUGCAGUUCAUCGGCCCUCUACGAAGUAUUGCUUGGUUAGCCGGGCUUGAUGAGCUGGUUGAAGCCAUUGAUAGCUCCGCAUACACUAUCGAAGAUAGUAUGGAGACUGUUCCUCUUGGGGCCGGCCUGAUGUGGCCUGCUGAGCGCUACAUUGACGAAGGAAAAAUCCCCUCAUUUAUCGCAAACAAGAUCUGCAGAGGCUAUAAAUUAUUUCCCUCGCAAAAAUCCCAGCUUGAUAAUCUGACAACUCAACAUGUAUCCCCUCCAGGCGUCUCGGAGAAUCCCACUCUGUUCCCUGGCAGUAUGAUCUGUGAAACAAAUCGACUCAGUAUGCCUUCGGGCGAGAUAUUCUGUAUGAAGGAAAAAGCGGAUAAGAACUUGUCUCGACUAGAGACCAAGAUCCGCCGGCAAUCAGGUGGAAAGCUCGAAGCAGGAAGACUGUGGUUUCGAGCGAUGAGCCUCCCGGCGUUAAGAUCCACGCUUUCAUUUUUCAUCACGCAAACCAACACAGUCAACAAGAAUAAUGAAUUCGGGCCGGGGUUUUAUACUUCUGAAAGCCUCCAUUACAGCUUGGGAUAUAUCCAAGCCGGCGGAGGGGCAAUCAUGGUGUUCAAAGACCCAAAUCUGCUACAAGCGACUGUAUGGCAGCCCGACGUGAAGGAAUGGACAGCUUGGGUUGCGAAGUGGAUCGGACUGCCCGUCGCCAUUGCCAAAGAACCCGCUCCACCGGGCUAUUCAUCUGCGGACUUCAUUCACGGGCCAAUCAGGGACUCUCAGGAAGACAGCAGACGCCGAAAUAUCCCCAUACAGUCAGAAAUUCAGCAGCUUGUCGCAGUGAGCUAUGAUGGCUGUGGGAUAUUGGCGGAUGCUCUCUACCUCAUCAUCUUUGUCGACCCCGCAUAA